GCAAACGUACAAUAAUUCCAAUAGCGAAAUAAGAUCGGUCUGAACUGGCCGCUCGUCUGUCUCGCUCGACGUACAUAUAGGGUUUCGGUUUUCGAUUACCACGAGUCUUCUGAGUCACGAAUGCUUACUACGGUGCGGAGAGUACUUUUGAAGAAAGCCUCGGAUGGGUGUCCACGCGCUUACUUAUGCAUCCGCGAAUGAGCUAUCGAUUCGCGAGCGUCGAUUACCGUGUUUGCUUGAUCAUUAUACGCACACGUAUUGUGUGACGGUAUUGUUCGUCUUUAAUCUCACAAUAUCGUUGGAGAAAUUUCACACCCUCUGCAACAAUCGCAAUAAUUUCGCAUUUUAAAAGCUAAUAAUAAUUCGAUUAAUUCACUGAUAGAAUUUGUGUUGUCAUCAUUAAUUAAUAUUUAAUAUUUUACGUCUGAGAAAAGAUAAAAUGUAUGCAUUUGUAUAUAUAUACACGAGUUAUUCGCGAUCGAUAAACUUAGACGAGUCUCCCCAAUAUUGCUGCUUGCACUGCGUGAAUGCGUGCGUGUCUGAUAUUCGGUUGCAAAGAAAGGCGAAGAAGGGUAACAAGCAGGCAAAGUGCAUCAGGUGUAUCGAGUGGUGGUAGAGUUACGUGCGUUGAGACGAGAAGCAAACGUGACGCCUGCAGCGAGACUCGUACUUUCAGUGUCAAUCUUCGUUUCAUGACACGUCUUAUCGGUUUCUCAUUCUUCUACAGACACGUAAACGCGCAGUUUCCAAGCUACGGAUUGUUGUGCAUCGGCGGGCCAUUUUGUCCUUGUCAUUAUCAAGAUAACGGCGUCUGAAACAGCAUGGACGUUAAGCUCGAUGCUUCACGACAUAUCACGAUGCUUUCUUGGCAAAACUUAUCCGUUUACGCGAUGGAUCAGAACCGACGCACCGUAAGCAAGCAGCUCAUCAAUAACGUCCGAGGUGUCGUUCGGCCUGGCGAACUCACCGCGAUCUUAGGCGGCAGCGGUGCUGGAAAAAGCUCACUGAUGACAGCAUUGGCAUUUCGCGCAGAAUCCGGCAUUGUGGUGCAUGGAGAUGUUCGCGUCAAUGGCAUAUCAGCUAGCUCUUCGUACAUGAGACGUCACAGCGGCUUUAUGCAUCAGGAAGACAUGUUCAUCGAGACAAUGACGGUGCUCGAACAUAUCUGGUUUAUGGCUAGAAUGAAAUUAGACGGGAGAAUGCACACCGCGGACAUUCGUCUCAAGAUUGAUUGUUUGCUGAGAAAUGUCGGUCUGAUCGAGAGACGCGACACUCGCAUCGGCGGCGGUGAUGACGGCAAGGUUUUAUCGGGUGGAGAAAAGAAGAGGCUUGCUUUUGCUACCGAGCUGCUGACGGAUCCUGACAUACUGUUCCUGGAUGAGCCAACAACGGGACAAGACGCGCAUUCGGCCGGCGUUCUCGUGUCGCAUAUGACAACUUUUGCGUUGAGGAACCGCACGGUUUUAUGUACUAUACACCAACCGAGUUCCACCAUCUUCGGUAGUUUCCAUCGCAUAAUCCUUUUAGCCGGUGGUAGAGUGGCGUUUGCCGGUACCAGUACGCAAGCAAUACAAUUUUUCUCCAGCCAAGGCUACGAGUGUCCAUGCAAUUAUAAUCCGGCCGAUUUCCUGGUGGCGACUCUAGCGAUUGCACCCAGCGAUGCGGAUGGUAGCGGAAGAGUCGCGCAGAAGAUCUGCGACGCAUUUCUCACGAGCGAAGUCGGCAACGAAAUCGACGUUAUAUUGCAACAGGAGCUUGAUACCGCUCAUUUGCAGUCCCCCAUCGAAAAAAAUAUUCGCGAGUCGCGUGCCUUCGUGGAAUCGCGCAGCUGGUUGCGGCUCUACUGGCUGAUCCAUCGUGGAUUCCUGCAAGUUCUGCGCGAUCCCUCGGUGCAAUUGAUCAGGAUACUGCAGAAAGUGACCAUUGCAACAACCGCCGGCCUGUGUUUCGUAGGCGCCAUUGACUUUGAUCAAUUGGGCAUUCAGGCUGUGGAUGGUGUUAUAUAUCUUCUAGUGUGCGAAAACGCGUUUUUCCCUAUGUACGCGACCCUGGCGUUGAUUCCGCAGGAAUUGCCGCUUCUUCUUCGAGAGUACAAAGCGGGCAUGUAUUCCGUUCAUCUUUAUUACCUGGCGCGAAUGAUAUCGCUGGUGCCUGGAUUGCUGAUGGAACCGAUGCUGUUUACCGUAAUAAUGUAUUGGCUGGCAGGUUUGCGUCCCGCAAUGGACGCUCUCGGUCUGACCAUCUUGGUAGUUAUAUUCACGAUGAAUGUGUCUACUGCUUGCGGGUGUUUCUUCUCGUCUGUCUACCAGAGCGUGCCGCUGGCGAUGGCAUAUCUGGUGCCCUUCGAUUACGUUCUUAUGAUAACCAUGGGACCUUUCAUUAAGCUCGGCUCGUUGCCCGUAUACGUGCGAUGGAUAAGAUACGUCUCCUGGCUACUGCACUCCACGGAAGCUCUUACCAUUAUCCAAUGGAGAGGCGUGCAUAAUAUAUCCUGCGAAACGAUCGACCUACCCUGCCUUACCGAGGGCACUGAGGUGUUGGAUCGCUACGACUUUGAUGAGCGCAACUUCUGGCCCGAUAUCGCCCUCAUGGCUGCCAUUUACAUCAUCUUCCACUCGUUGGCAUAUGUCUUUUUGUGGAGGCGAUGCAGAUCGAAAUAAACGGAUCAAAAGUCAUAAGAUGAAAAAUUAGAAUAAAAUUAAAAUAAAUUAAAAUAUAUAUAGUAAAAUAAGCAGCUUACAUAUUCUGUGCGUCAAAAAAUAUAUAAGAACAGAACGGUGUGGGACGAGAAAACACAUCGUAAGCCAUAUCUGCGAACACAUCAGCGACAGUCGAAGUCAUACUAAAAUGACCGAUACAUAAUAACUAGAUGUGUUCACAGAAGGAAACGAGAAAAACAAAAGGGCACUCACUUUUUUAUAGCUGAAUUUCGUAAUGUAUCCCAGACAGCAUCAUGUCCAAAAUCGGGACAUAAGACGUCUUUUCGACAUCUUUUAGACGUCUUUUAGUCAUCUUUUAGUAAAACGUCUAAAAAAUGUCUGAAAGACGUCUUUUAGACGUCUUAUGUCCCGCUUUUGGACAAGUGUGCUGUUCUCAGCCAGAUAAUUAGUCGAAUUGACGUCAAUAUUUCGCGCGUUUUCCGAUUUUCGGUCAUCGAUUCGGUCAUCGAAGAAGAUUAAAGUCUAACUUGGGUUGUUUCCCCCUUAAGGGGAUCCUAGAGUCACGACCGAACUCCGACGGGGUCGAUAAUUUUGACCGUUUUCUAUGUUCCGGUCUAUAUAUGUCCUUAUCUAACGAGAUAUUUGCGAUAUAUCUGCCCUUGUCAGAUUGCAACGUCAUGUACACUGUAUGUGUGUAUAUGCAUAAAAGCAGUUGGAUGAAAAAUCUUUCUUAUUAGGCUUUCAAUCUUAGUUUUAAUGGCCACGCUGUUCUUUCCGAUCUAGUCCGAGGUGCGGGACAUUUUCAAUUUGUACAUGUACAUAAGCUAUAUAAUUUGUAUAUAAGCGAACGUUUCCUUGAAGUGAUAUAUAGCUCUAGGUACAAAAGGUGCAACACCAAAACUAGUAUUAAAUAUAUUUUUCUUAAGAUUUUAGUCUGAAAUUUACUAUCCCGCACAUGAUUUCUGUACGUACUUUAAACGUGUAAACGGGUUUUCCAUUCUGUAAAGUCAAUUCGAAGAAAAUUGGUUUAACUGAAAUGUCGGUAAUUGCCGUGACUCCAGGAUCCUCUUAAGGGAAGCCACACUGAACCAAAACUGUACAUGAAUGCAAUAAAAGCAUUCAUUGUAAAUAAAAAAUUCAUUAAAAUUG